GUGAGCACAUUGAAUACUUAAAAAAAAUCACAUCUGACUACAGGCCACGGAUUGCCCCAACCGUAGUUCAACAUAAACACAGACCAGCAAUUGAAGGACAUCCCGGCAUCUGAUAGAAGUCAGACAAGCACAUACAGUUAUAUCGAAGAUGGGCAUGGCACGCCUUACCCUAAUGCUGUUGGUGACAGCGAUGCUGCAGCUGAACUAUGUGGACGCCUAUUCCAAGUAUGGACGCGGCUGUGCUGACAUUGGUUGCCUGCCUACUGAGGAGUGCAUCAUCACCAGCGACUCAUGCAGCUAUAAUCAGCGCGAUGGCAAGGACUGCGGCAAUUAUCCGACCUGUAAGCGCAAGAGCGGCUCCAGUACCAACCAGGCUAAUCCCUCUUCCUCGUCGUCGUCGGUUAAUCCGUCAGGUAGCGUGCUCAAUCCGGGCUAUCCCAUGCAUGGCCUGCAGCCGGUGAACCCCUACAAUCCACCAUUCGUAUUUGGCCAGCUGCCGUUCUAUUCGGGACCGGCCGGCACAGGCGGGCCGCCCGGUGGCGGUGGUGCCGGCGUCGGCAUGCCUAGCUCUAGCAUUGGCAUCCUCGGAGGAGGCGGCGGCGGUCUGGCGCCUUACGGCAGCAACUAUCAGGGCUAUCAGACACACCAUCAGAAUGCGAAUAUGUACAACAAGCCACCGCCACAGUACCAGAACCAGAACCAACAGAAUCCCUACAAUCGCCAGACCCAAGCACAUCCUUCGGCAGCGUUGCGAUGUGGUAACUCCAGCGUUCCGCUUAUCGGCCUAUUCGCGGUUCUCGUGUUGCUUCUUGGCCAUAGAGGCAACGUCAGCGGCAGCACGUAAUAAGAUGCAGCAGCAGUCGCUCUGGAUCCUGCAACCCGACAACAAUCAACAGACCUCUCAGCUUUUGCUUAAAUUUCUUUCAAUUUCCUUUUAUUUUCAUUAUACUGGUUUUGGGCGCUAGAUUAAGGCAAACAAUUGAGUUAGAAUCAACAGCAAUUGCAGCAGCUACAUCAUCAAGACAGUCGAGCACGCUCGCUCUAGAGGAAAACUCCAACAGUAGCAGGAGCUAAAUAGCCGGAUUGAAUUAAAGAUGUGCAUUUUUAUAUUAUAUAUAGCUGAAGCAUAGGCCAUAUAUGUUGGGAGCUAUUUAUGUUUUAAUAUGCUCUCAAAACCCGGCUCCUAUACGUUAUUUCUAAAUGUGUAUGCGUGUGUGUGUCUGUGUGUUUCCAUUUGUGUGGUCUAACAAACCGCUGCUCUAGUCAUGACCCUGAAGGCCCGUUGCACCGCUCUCCAUGUUUUUUGCAGCUCAAUUAAAUUGGAAUUUAAUUUCGGGCUUAGAGCGAGUGCCGGACAUCAGUCGCAGACUUAGCUGCACAUCAGACACACACACAAACACACACACUCGCAACUUUGAUGUUGGAUGUUAAUUUAAUUUUUGUUGCUGCUACACAUUUUGUGGCAAGCAUUUUCGGCUUUUAUUUGGUUGUUCAUGUUGCUGUUGCAGUUGCUGUUUUUGCGGAGUGAAAUUACCGCCCCUCAUCACUUCUCCCACAGUUGUUGUAGAUACAGAUACGCGUGUCAAUCAAAAUGCAUAUAAACAAGCUGAUUUAAGGUUGCAAACUAAAAUGAUAAAAAAGGAA